AUGUCCGCUCUAGGGCGAUCUCCUGCGAAGAUGCGGCUGUCUACAGCGAUCAAUGGACCAGGAUAUGACGACGAGAUUCCCAAGGCUCGUGUACAACCGGAAGCAGGACCCGAUGUCAAAGUGCUUGUGAUAGGUGCCGGUAACAUCAAUUUCGGAUCUGACGAGGGGCCCUGGAAUCACUCGCAAAGAGUCGAGCAAAAGCUCGGCAACCGAUUGAAAAUCGUUGGUCUUGUGGAUCCGGCCACUGCAAGAGCUCAGGCAGUUUUGGACGCGAAGAGACUUACGUUCGCUUCGCCUGCAUAUGCCGAUACUCCGAUAUAUCAUAGUGUACAGGAAGCCAUAUCCAGAUUAUCCGCUAGUCCUCCCGAUUUGGUCUUACUGGGUUCGCCUCCAGCCUUUAGGGGCACGACAGACCCAUCAAAGGGAUUCAAUACAGAGAUUCAGUUGGCGGAAGGUUUUCCGAAAGCUGCGUUAUUCGUUGAAAAGCCAGUCAGCACGGGCAGCGUUGAAGAAGCAUCCAAAGUAGCCCAGUACUUGGAGGGCAAGCCCAAUUUGGUCAGUGUGGGCUACAUGUUGAGAUACUCUGCUGCGGUGCAGAAGAUGAAGCAGAUUCUGAAGCAGAAUAAGCUGGCGGUGAUGAUGACAUCUGCUCGAUAUGUCAUGGCGUACGAACAUAGUGUAAAAGUGGCUUGGUGGACCAAAUCUGUUGAUUGUGGACCAAUUGUAGAACAAGCUACUCAUUUCUGCGACCUUUCGCGGUAUUUCGCUGGGGAGGUAGACUUGAGUACAGUCAUGGCUCACAGUGUCGAAUGGUAUGAAAAGCCUGGACAGCUCACAAAGAUACCCUUCGACGAAAACAACCUUGUUCCUGAGGAUGAUCGAAUUCCAAGAUUCACCAGUGCUACCUGGAAAUACAAGUCAGGUGCUAUAGGUCAUUUGGAGCAUGGCGUUGCUUUGCAAGGAACAGAGUUUUCUACCGAGAUAACGGUCUUCGCGGAUGGGUACCAGCUGAAACUGAUCGAUCCUUACAAUCGACCUACUCUAUAUGUACGCAGACCAGGAAGUGAUGUUGAAGAAGUUCACCAUUUCAACGAUGAUGAUCCUUUCCUUUCCGAAAUGUCGACCUUCAUCGAUACAGCUGCCAAAGGUACCUCGGAUAUCCCGGUACUCAGUUCAUUCGCCGAUGCUGUUCGGACGUACGAGCUCACUUGGGCUAUACGAUGGGCAAGUGAGAAGACCAGGACUCCUAAAAAGAUGUUGUAG